GCAACACAACCCUAACAAUCGAGCUGCCAAGAACUACUUCCGCAAUGGCUGAACCACAAGAAACCUCUCCUUCAGCCCCCACCACUUCAGGGCGGCUCAUCAAGUACACUGCAGGCCACUACAGGAAAGCCGGGAUCUCCCACGAAGAUUUUAUCCACUGGUUCACCCACGAGCACCUUCCUGCAGCGAUGCCCCUUUUCAAGAAACACAACAUUGUCAAGUACACGCUGUUUGUCACACCUCCCGAAAUUGGCGCCGCAUUCGGGCAGGAGCUAUCGAAGGUUUACCCCGGCUGGGAGAUCAGUGACUUUGAUUGCGUUCUCGAGUACUGGAUGUACGACCUCAAUGCGCUCAAGGACAUGGUUGCCGACCCUGACUGGGCAGCGAAGGCCGUGAAGGAUCAGGAUCAGUGGUGUGACUUGUCGAGAUCAACUGUACACAUAGGGUUUGACACGCCGUACCUUUUGGAGAGCGGCGAGGUCGUCAAUCUGCCCAAGUGACAAAACACUUCAGGUUGACUGUUAUCAUCAUAGAUUCAAGCCAAGCCACGGUAUAUCGACAAGACAAAGAUCAUUUGCAAAGAAAGUAUU